AUGGAAGACGAACAGAGGCACAACGUUCCCUCAGAAAACAACGACAGACACGACCGCGGUCGAGAUCCCUACCGAUCCCCAAAGCAUGACAAAUCCAGGGACUACCGAUCCAUGAGCCCAGGAGACGACUUCUACAAACGGAGAUACUUUGAUCUCCUUCGAGAGAAUGACAUGCUACGAGACGAAAACCGAAUGAUGCGGAAGAAACUGGCCGAGAACGGGCAAAAAAGCCACAGGCGACAUCGAUCGAGAAGCCCACGGGAACGGAAUCGCCCACGAAGCCCGGAUUCGUCCCACCGGACAGACGAUCGCUUGCGUUUGAGUGGACGUGACGACACGGCCAUCGAUACCACGGCCGCGACACUAAACUCCAAUACUAUGCGGAAGAGGCCAUCAGUUGGGAGUGCUAAGGAAAAUCCGAAGAAGCUGUGUGUUCAAGGCCGUGGCAGACCAGGCAGACCUCCCAAACGAAGCGGUCCUUCUCUACCAUCACAACAGGAGAAUACACAAACAGUCCAGGGCCCGCCAACACUCAACCAGCGGCUCUCCCGACGUGCUCCAGGGGUAACGGUAGCGAGCAAUGAACUUUCUGAUGUCGACGAUCCAGAAGACUGGUAUGUCUCACAGUUGAGUGAUCUGUAA